AUGGCAUACGAAUUUACAGCAGCUUUUUCAUACAUACUCUGUCAAGUUUCAACUACUACUCGCACGUACAACCCCCUCUCCGGUGUUUUGGCUAAAUUCCAUAUCAGAAAACUUUUCAAUCUGUUGAUUGAAAAUAUGAAAGCCUCAGUCAAGUUCAGGGAAGAUCAGAAACCUUUAUUGAGAGCAAAAAUCCCAUUUAACAUUUCGAGUUUCCGGCUUCAAUCCGGAAUAGUUGUCGGUGAAUCCAAAGAAUUCUCUCUAAAUAUCGGCACUUUAUUUGAUUCUGGGCCUUCUGUCAAAUUCUGUUACCGUGCCAAUGAUUCACAAAAUCCCUUUAGCUUUAAUUUCAAGACUGGGAUAGGACACUUCGGGUCACCGAUCGGAAGCCCUUUAACCAUGAGCGCGGAGUUCAAUUUGACUAGCAGUAAAAAUCCCUGUUUUUUCAUCCAUUUUAAACCUGAUUUUGGUGAUUUUUCGGUGAAAAAAUCGCACUAUUCAGAAUCUGUCGAGGGUUUGGGCGAAAAAUUAACCGGCCACUUCACGGAUGGGAAGCAUCUUUUGGAGCCGAGGGCAGUGGCGAGACGGGUGGAGGGAUUGUUGAAGGGAACGGAGGCUAGUGCAAGAACGGCGUUGCCGGUGUGGGAUUUGGCCGUGGUAAAUCUACGGUUGGCACUUAGUAUCCCGCCGGCGGCGGCAGCCGGGAUUAGAUUGCCACUGUUGGUGAUGAAUAAAAUAGGUAUCCAACGCUUGGCAGAUUCUGCUUCGCCCAACACAGAGAUUGCUGACGUGUCAAAGACAUGUUUGGAUGUGAAGAGACAGGUUGAAGUUUUUCAAACUGAGAAUGCAAUGUUGAGACAGGCUUUGAAUGAUUUGAGAACAGAAAUAAGUGCAGGAAAAGUAAAGGUACCUCAGGUGGUGGUUCGCGAUCAUGGAUCCCACUACCGACGUAAAAAAAAUAACCAACAACUAUGUUCAGAGCUCAACCGGCUGGGUUUGAUUGUGUGCAUUAAAGGAUGUUUGAGGACCAUGGACAGGGACAUAUUAGUGUAUAGAAUCGAUCUGGAGGUUGUGUAG